AUGGAUGUGAGUCUUCUUCCUCUAUUUUCUUCAUCUGCCGGUGAUGAUCCAACGACAUACCAUACUUUACCACAUUCCGAAUCAUUCUUGUGGAAUACUUUAUCGAUUUCAGCCUUGUAUUCUCGCCUCCCUAAUCUGUUACACAGUAAUUUGGUGAGUUUGGGGAUUCUCUUUCAUUCAGUGAUGAAAUCUACUCGAUGGGCGGACACGAAUUCUCUUGUCCAUACCAAAGUCUCCGGUGUACAAUGGAGGCGGGCGGAGAGCUUGUUGAUAUACAUCGAAAACCUGAUCCCUUUCUUUUUUCGUCAUCUUUCGAUGCCGCAAAGCAAUGCUAACCACUUCCUUCUUAGUUAUUUGCCGCUACUUUUGUGCAUAAUAAAUCAUGGCCUGUUCAAUGCUAUCUCUAUUUUCAUGUUUGCCCCCGCCUGUGAGAACUCGCGACGACCGCAGCGGUUGUCUGUUCUCCACGACCGUUGCUCACCUAUGUCGCGAAACCAGUCUGCCGUGUUAUGGUUCGGGAGACUUAAAAGUUAUCCUGUUGGACGCGUAAAAAACGUCCUUUGGUUGACCAGAGUUUGA